AAAGAUUUACCAAAAGCAGAGGUAAAUGUGUCAUUCAAAUCUCAAACUGAAUCAAAGACCUUACCUGAAAAACAGAAUAAUCUGAUCCAUAACCAUGCUAUUUUCCACGAUAAAGCAUUGGAACAAUAUCCUGAUCUAUAUUAUGAAUUCAAUAGUGAAAAUGUUGAUUAUUACGGAAUUACUGGUGAGAUAUUAUGUCCUUUAUGCAAGUUAGAUCAUGAUGAUGAGGAAGACAUAGAAGGUAAAUAUGAAACUGGAUCAUACUAUAUUAAAUGUGAACAGCGCGAAAUUCAAAUUACUCUAUAG